AUGUCUACAGCUAAAAGAAGCGAACAGGAGAAGGAGAGUAAUCAAAGAUCUCCGCUCAAGAGGUCAGUGAUACGUCAUAAAAACCCUGGAUCAGGUAAUAGUUUUGAACACGUCCGAAAACAGUUGAGUAACCAGGAUCUUCGGGAUAUAUUUGCUGGUCUAAGUAUUUCACAAAGGCAAGCUGUUGCUGGUGCUGGUACUGGUGCUGGUGCUGGUGCUGGCGCUGGUGCCAAUGAAUUAAGUACCGUGGCAGAAGAGAACCAAGACGGUGCAGGCGAACAGUAUGCUACUUUAACAGAGGAAAAUAUAGAAAGGCUCAACAGUGGAGACGAGAAGAGCCAGGGAACAUAUAAGAAGAGUGCAUUUUUGCAGCGAUAUGCUGAAUCUGCUGGGAAUUAUGGCGAUGAGUACGGUGAUUUUGACGAGUUUCGAGAAGCCGAAGAUGCAGAUGAUAGUGAUAAUGUCAGCAACGGAGACUUUGAGGGUGAAGAUUUUGACGGUCGAAUUAGAGAUUCUUUAAAACAGGGGCGAGUCCCUUCUCCUCUAUUGGAAGAAAAGAAAAGUGCAAAUCCAUUCUCAAUGCCUGUGUCGAAGUUCACAAUGAAAUCAACUCGUGUUAACGCAGAACUACCGAAAUCAGAAAGUUUUCAGUCUCUUUCUUCGGCAUCCACAGGAAAAUCUGCGCCUAGUAUAACGUCGACGACGAGUUUCACGGAGACGGACUCUGAGCAGAAUGACUAUGCGGAGGAUUUUGCUGAUGUAGAUUUCGAUAAGGUUGAUCUUAUCAACAAAUUUCGCCUGAGACAGAAAAAUGCUGAAACUAAUGCCAACAAUGUUAAGCAAGAAAGAAAGAAACGAUAUCAGAAGUUGCAGAGCUGUCUUAAAGGAUCACGUUCACUGUACUUCAGCACGCACCGAGACUAUAUUGAACAAGGACAGAACAUUAUCAGGGAUGAUUUUGAGGACUUCGAUAAUCUGGACCCCAAGAAACUUCGUCGUUUCCAAGUGGUAGACCCUCUUGAUUCUCGUUAUGAAAAACUCGAUAGAAAAAGAUCGAUGCCUGUAUUAUUGAGAUCUGGAAGCGGCAAGACUGCAAAUGUGUCUCCAAAGAGAUCUGUCCGAAAAUAUUCUUCAACUUUGGACCUUCCAUCACAAAUGGCGCCACGUUAUCAUGAGUCAAUUAGUAACAGAUACCCUCCUGUGUCCUUAUCGCUAAAGGCCAGGCCUUAUUAUAAUGGCAGUGAACUGGAUGACAUUGAUGAUCUAUCACCCGAUGAUUUGACAAUCACGUUGUCCGAUUACAAGAAGUUAAAGAGAAAGAGUCAACGCAUAGAUCUUACUCAAUACGCCGAAGAAAAUACAAUCAAGCAUCAUGUCAAACGUGGCCAUCAUCAUCGUCACCAAACUCAACAGCAGCAGCAGCAACAACAACAACACUAUACUUUAACCAAUACAGCAAGACUCAAUAAGGAAGGAAAGUUGAAGAUUAUUCGGUCAAUGGGUAAGCACAGAACCAAGCAGGUUCUUCCUGGUCAUAUGUAUGGAGAAAUUGUAUAUGAUCCAGAUCAAAUGAAAUGGUGCGGGAAUGAAGAAGAAUUGGCAGGUUUCGAGUCUACUAGCAGGCCAUCGUUAAUACGUCACAGAAUAUCACAAGGGCAGUUUCCUAAGAUUAGCGAUGAUCCUUUUAUUAACAGCAACAAAAACGAUAUCAGUCGCAAAAAUAUUAAUAGUCGGAAUAAAGGAGAGCAGCCUCAAAUAGUUGGCAAUAUGGUUUACGAUAAUAAUAAUUUGAGGUGGGUGAGUCUCACUGGUAAGUAUGAAGAUGAUCCAUUUGAAAACCUGGAUGAUACAAUUACCAGCGAUAGGUUAGGGCCCCUCGAAGGAUACCAGAGAAAUAAUAAUUUCCAGGAAGAACAUCCAAGAACGGUAACUACAGGUUCUAGCCGAAUGACAUCUUCCACUUCUUCCUCGUCGAUUUCUAAUUAUCUCGCUCGCGGAGAAGAGAAGAACAAUUUCGAGAUUACCCCAGAGACUUACAAGCUGUGGAAGUCUGAGGAAAGUAGGUGGCUCAGAAAAGUUGGAAACUGGUUCCCUUCUGAGGAAGACGAUUUAGAAUUCUGCUACGAGUUAAAGUCUUUUCUUGACGACCAAUAA